UCCUCCGGGUCUCUAUCUAACUGUAGAAACAGUCAGUCAGUAUUUCUGCUCCAGCUUCCGGUCUGUGGACGAAGCCCAAGUGAGUAAUAUUCAGUCUCAUUUUUAAUUUUGUGUAACUGAUUUAUCUUCAGCCCAAAUCGAGCUCCAGAUUAGUCGCACAACUCCAGCUCUCUGAGAAAUGGAGAACACACAGGAACCAACCAGAAGUACUUCCACCAGUCUUCAGGAACUGCGGGAGGAUCAGAAUUCCAACCCCAACGUGAGCAACACACAGGAAAUGGAUCUUGACACGCUCUAUCAUCGGUUCAUCAGCUUGGAAAAAGACAAUAAGAAACUGCUCAAAGAAAAAGAAACUUUGAGAAGCCAGAUCAGAGCUCUGGAGUCUAAACAAAAGCAGCUGAACUCUGCCCUCCAUGAGAAAGAUCAACAGCUGAGACACAAAGAGGAGAAGAUUCAGGACUUGGAAAAAAGGGUCCAGUCACAAAAUGACGAGAGUGAAUUACACCGUGGCCUCUCAAUGCUGGCGCGGCCCGCUCGGCUGAACAAAGCCCUGGACUGCAGCAAAAUGCCUAACAUAAAAAUAUUUAGCGGGGGCUCGCAUCCGGACUUGUCUCAGAAGAUAGCAGAUCGCCUUGGUCUGGAGCUGGGGAAGGUUGUGACAAAAAAAUUCAGCAACCAAGAGACAUGUGUGGAGAUAGGAGAGAGUGUCCGUGGAAAAGAUGUCUACAUCGUGCAGAGUGGCUGUGGGGAGAUCAAUGACAAUUUGAUGGAGCUGCUGCUCAUGAUCAGUGCUUGCAAGAUUGCGUUAGCCUCCAGGGUCUCUGCUGUCAUCCCCUGCUUUCCCUAUGCCCGGCAAGACAAGAAGGACAAGAGCCGAACUCCCAUCUCUGCCAAAUUGGUGGCCAACAUGUUGUCUGUGUCCGGCGCCGACCAUAUCAUCACUAUGGACUUGCACGCAUCACAGAUAAAGGGAUUCUUUGAUAUUCCGGUUGAUGACCUGUAUGCAGAGCCAGCUGUGCUGAAAUGGAUCAAAGAAAACAUCCCUGAAUGGAAAAACUGCAUCAUCAUCUCCCCAGAUGCAGGAGGAGCCAAGAGGGUUGCCUCGAUAGCAGACAGACUGAAUGUGGACUUCACCCUGAUCCACAAGGAGAGAAAAAAGGCUAAUGAGGUGGACCGCAUGGUUCUCAUUAGAGAUGUGACGGAUCGGGUCGCCAUUCUUGUGGACGACAUGGCCGACACGUGCGGCACAAUCUGCCAUGCUGCUGACAAAUUAAUAUCGGCUGGUGCCACCAAGGUGUAUGCCGUCUUGACCCAUGGCAUAUUCUCUGGUCCGGCCAUUCAGUACAUCAACAGUGCCUGUUUUGAGGCUGUGGUGGUCACCAAUACAAUUCCUCAGGAGGAUAAAAUGAAGCAUUGUCCCAAAAUUCAAGUGAUCGACAUCUCCACAAUCCUUGCAGAGGCUAUUCGUGGAACUCACAAUGGUGAGUCUGUGUCAUACCUGUUAAGCCAUGUUCCCUUGUAACGAAUGGUAUCGACCAUUGAGUUUGAGGAAUCUGCUGAAGUGUUGGCUGGCUUGACCGCAGUUCCAGAAGCAGCAGAACGAAAACACUCCCCAGAUGGCGAAUUUGGCGAAUGUGCUCCAGCCUGGGUGGUAACCGUUUGCCUCCCAGGACAAUCGGAAGUAUUUUCCAGCUUGGACACGACAGAAUCUGGUGGACCUUCUGUGAGGACAGACUCAGGUUGUGCUUUGGUGACUGUGGAUCCAGGAUACUGGCUCUUGUUUUGUUUCCCCACAGGGCUACCACCAAGCAGACAAAGUGCCCGCCAGUUUGCCGCUACUAACCACCAAGCUAAUGCACCGGCUAGCGGCAGCCACCAGCAUACGGAAGCUAAUAGCUAGUGGCAAUUAAGAACACUUACCCAGCAUGUCGGUGAGCUGUGGAGGACAAUCAAUAACUGACACGAAGCAGUCAACCGAUAUCAUCACAAACCGAGAACAUGAAAUGUGUUCGUAAGGAGCAACGUCUGAAUGUCACAUAAUGCCACCUGAAGGAAAGCCAGACACAAAGCCAGACGAAGAUAGCGUCAAACUGUCACAGGCGAACAAACUGCUACAACAACAGAAAGAGAUGUUCACGCCACUGUUACAGCAACAGCAAGACAACUUCAAAGGCUUUAUUGAACUGAUUGUAAUGAAUUAAUGAAUGUUAGGAGUGAUACAUCUUGAUGACUAUCAAUGUUUGGUAAUGACAAGGGGUUCUAUUCUAUUCUAUUCUGUGUGUGGAUGUGCAUGAUCUGUUCAGUAAAAUGGCAAGUGAAGUCCCGGA